AUGGGGCAUCACUCAUGCUGCAACAAACAGAAAGUGAAGAGAGGGCUAUGGUCCCCAGAAGAAGAUGAAAAGCUCAUCAAUUACAUAACGAAUUACGGCCAUGGCUGCUGGAGCUCAGUUCCAAAACUUGCUGGUCUCCAAAGAUGUGGAAAGAGCUGCAGACUGAGAUGGAUAAAUUAUCUGAGACCUGACUUGAAGCGUGGGAGCUUUUCUGCCCAAGAGGCUGCACUCAUCAUUCAACUCCACAGCAUUUUAGGCAACAGAUGGGCUCGGAUAGCCAAGCACCUUCCAGGAAGAACAGAUAAUGAAGUGAAGAACUUUUGGAACUCCAGCAUAAAGAAGAAGCUUAUCUCCCAUGAAGUGAUUCCUGCUUUUGCCUCAUUCUCUCAUUUUCUUAACCCUAGUACUGCUGGUUCUGAUCAGGAUAGUUUGUUCACUACUCCACUCACAAACCCUAAUUUGGGUCUUCAACAAGAACAGCCUUACGCUCCUAUUCCGCCAUCUAGUUUCUACCAUGGUGAUCACAGCAUUUUCAAGUUGUUAGACUACACCAAUUAUAGUUCAAACCGUCUUCAUUUUGCAGCCCCCAUCCACUUACCAUCAAGCUAUUCCUCGUCAUACGAUUCCUCGUUGUCAUUGGGUUAUCAGCCCCAACUAUAUGAUUCAAAUCAACAAGGACAAAUUUUUAACAGUAUUGAAGUUGCUUCACACUUUAAUAUCAAUAAUGAGCUUAUGGUUCCAAGUGUGGCAUCUCUAGCAGGUUAUGAUCAUGAGAGUCUAUCAGUUGUACCCGCGAUGCCUCAAUUUUUUGAGAUCAAUAUUGAAGGUUAUGCUUGCAGAGCAAUUCCAUUUGAUGCACCUGAUGAUCAUCCUCCACAAGAACUUGACUCACUUGCAAAAUUAUCAUCGUGUUUCGGUCCAUUUGAUGAACAUGACUCUUACAAUCCUUUGGAUCUGCAGCUUCCUUCCAAUCAAUUGGAAAUCGUUGAUCCCCUGGUAUCAUCGUUGCCAAUAUUAUCACAGCCUUCAUCAUCAUCUGCAUCUUCAUCCUUGUCACCAUUUCCAAGUAGCCAAAUAUUCAUCACGAACGCUAAUGGUCUUUCAAGCUUGGGAAGCCUGGCAAGGUAG